UAAAAAUUUAAUUAAUCUGUGGCAGCGUUGUCAGUUUGAAAUCUUAUUGGUAAAGUUUCUUUCCGUACGUCUUUUCUCCGGCGUUAAGCGAAAAUGGCGACAGGAACUCUUUACACAUAUCCCGACAACUUCCGUGCUUUUAAGGCUCUGAUUGCAGCCCAAUACUCUGGAGCUAGUGUAAAAUUGGCUGGAAAUUUUAAAUUUGGUGAGACCAAUAAAACGCCAGAAUUCCUCAAAAAGUUUCCUAGCGGCAAGGUGCCGGCUUUUGAAACACCGAAUGGCCAAUACCUGAGCGAAUCAAAUGCCAUCGCUUAUUUUGUAGCAAAUGAAGAAUUGCGUGGUGGCAAGUGCCCUUUUGCCCAAGCUCAGGUGCAUCAAUGGAUGUCGUUUGCCGACAAUGAAAUUGUCCCAGCCUCUUGUGCCUUGGUAUUUCCUUUACUAGGAAUUAUGCCUCAAAAACGAGGUAGCACUGCCAGACAAGAUGUUGAGGAGGUUUUAGCUUUGCUGAACGAGAAACUCUUAAACUGCACUUAUUUGGUGGGUGAACGUAUUACUUUGGCUGAUAUUGUCGUAUUCUGCAGUUUGCUGCAUGUAUAUCAAUAUGUAAUGGAGCCCAGCGCCCGAAGGCCUUACGAAAAUACCAAUCGUUGGUUUAUGACUUUGCUGAAUCAGCCUCAGUUCAAAGCCGUACUUAAGACUUUUAAAGUUUGUGAGCAUGCUUUAGUUUUCGAUCCCAAAAAAUAUGCCGAAUUCCUAGCCAAAACCGGGCAGGCUGGCGGUGAUGCGAAACAACAAAAGCAAGAAAAGAAACCCAAAGAGGAGAAAAAAAAACCUGUUAAAGAAGUAGAGCACGAAGAAAUUGAGGAAAUGGAUGCGACUGAAGAAGCUUUAGCGAGCGAACCUAAAUCAAAAGAUCCUUUUGAAUCCCUACCUAAGGGAAAAUUUAAUUUUGAUGAUUUUAAAAAAAUUUACUCCAAUGAAGACGAGAAAGUUUCUAUACCCUAUUUUUGGGACAAAUUCGAUUCGGAGAACUGCUCCAUUUGGUUUGGAGAAUACAAAUACAACGAAGAAUUGACCAAAACAUUUAUGUCUUGCAAUCUUAUUUCUGGCAUGUUCCAGCGGCUUGAUAAGAUGCGUAAACAGGCUUUUGCCUCAGUGUGCUUAUUCGGUGGCGACAAUGAUAGCACUAUCUCCGGAAUAUGGGUAUGGCGUGGUCAAGAUUUAGCUUUUACUCUUUCACCUGACUGGCAAGUGGACUACGAAGUUUAUGAUUGGAAGAAAUUGGAUCCAAAGUCGGAAGAGACCAAGAAAUUAGUUGAACAAUAUUUCUCUUGGACCGGCACUGAUAAGGAUGGUCGUAAAUUUAAUCAAGGCAAAAUUUUCAAAUAAAUUAUUUAACAUGGGAAUCGACAGACAUUUUUUCAUUUCCCUUACGCCAUAAGCAUACGUGCUUGUUCUUUUCUUCUAAAAAAAACU